UGCCCCAACUUGACCCCGGCCUCCCCGGCGUCCCGGCACCCGCGCGCGCUUUAGGACCUGCGAGUGUAGAAAAGAGGGGGGAAUGAACAACACGCCGCCAGGAUUACGGUUGGUGUGUGGACUUGACUUUUCUUUGCCGCGACGCGUCGUUUUGCUUUGCUUCAGCGGGGACGUCUUUGUUUGGCAUUCGGGACUCCGGCGGCUUCGUCAAUGCUCUUCCAGAAGUAUUUGCAGUGCAGGCUCAGGCCUCCGACGGUGAUCGGCCAGUUCCACACCUUGUUCUUCGGCUCGGUGCGGAUGUUCUUCCUGGGCGUUCUGGGCUUCGCCGUGUACGGGAAUGAGGCGCUGCACUUCAGCUGCGACCCCGACCGCAGAGAACUCAACCUGUACUGCUACAACCAGUUCCGACCCAUAACGCCUCAGGUGUUCUGGGCCUUGCAGCUGGUCACGGUGCUGGUCCCGGGGGCCGUGUUCCACCUGUACGCCGCCUGCAAGAACAUCGACCAGGAGGAGAUCCUGGAGCGGCCCAUCUACACCGUCUUCUACAUCAUCUCCGUGCUCCUGCGCAUCAUUUUGGAAGUCAUCGCCUUCUGGCUUCAGAGUCACCUCUUCGGCUUCCAGGUGCACCCGCUCUACAUGUGCGAUGCCAGCGCUUUGGAAAAGACCUUCAACGUGACCAAGUGCAUGGUGCCCGAACACUUUGAGAAGACCAUCUUCCUGAGCGCCAUGUACACCUUCACCGUCAUCACCAUCCUCCUGUGCGUCGCCGAGAUCUUCGAGAUCCUCUGCCGACGCCUGGGCUAUCUCAACAACCAAUGACCCCUCCCGCGCACGGACGCCGAGCGUCGCCGGCCCCUCGCCGCGUUCCCGCGCCUUUUGUUCCUCGUCGGCUUCUCGGUUAGCGACUGCCGGAUACUCGCGCCGAGCGGGAAGCCAACGCAAGUGCGCUCGUGAAAUAGUCCCGCUUUCCCUCCCGCGGGACCGGCGGCACAACAACAAGAGGGACGCGUCGACCGGACGCCGGGACCGUGCCGGCGAGCCGUCCGUCGGGAAGCGGGCCGCGGGCGCGCG